CAGACCGUGUAGCAGAUCAUCUGUAAGGAUGUGCUCAUUAACCCUGUUAGUAUGUAUAUUGUCCAUGUGUAUUGAAUUAAAUGCUCAGUUUGAAGAUUUUCUACCUGAAGAUCAGGACUUCCGACCCAAUCAGCCUCCUGUUCGGUUACAUGUAGAUGAUACAAGAGAGCUGGAGUUUGAUCCCGCACCGAAGUUUGUGCUGGUGACACCGGCAGUGCUGAGAGUGGAACAUAAAGAAAACGUCCUGCUGGAGGCUUUUGGGCUUUCUGAGCCUGUCAGCGUUUUUCUCUCAAUUUACGAUUUCCCAGUCAUGUCAAGGCUACUGUGGCAGGAAACCAUUGCACUCAGCUCAGAUAAUAACUACAGCUUCCUCCCAAGCAUUCAGAUUAAUUCGAGCCUCCUGAGGCCAGAAGAAGAAGAAACUAAGUAUGUACAACUAGUCGCUCAAUUUGGACACUUCCAGACGGUUAAACAAGUCAGUAAAGUGUCCUUUCUGUCUGGUUACAUCUUCAUCCAAACAGACAAACCCGUUUACAACCCAGGAGACACAGUGCGCUGCCGUGCUUAUAUUUCCAAUGCAGAUUUUCAGGCUUUUGAUAGCACCAUUUCUGUUGAAAUCCAGAAUCCUGAUGGAAUUACAGUAUAUACAACACCAAGGAGCAAAGCAGCAAAUGGCAUUCUCUCCACCACUUAUGGACUCUCAGACAUUGUCAAAGAGGGCAAGUGGAAGGUUGUUGCCAAAUUUGACCACCGGAAAGAGAACACAUUUAGUGCUGAUUUUCUGGUGAAAAAGUAUGUGCUACCAGCAUUUAAUGUUACACUAAUACCAAAAAAGACUUACUUCAGUUGGGAAGAUCAGGAGUUAAAAGUGGAAGUACAUGCCAGAUAUAUGCACGGUGAGCAAGUUAAAGGGGUAGCAUAUGUGGUGUUUGGGGUAGAAAGAAAUGGACAGAAAGUGCGACUCCCAUUUAUGAAACAAGUAGAAAAUCUGGAUGGUGGGAUCGCCAUUUUGACCGCAGCUGAGCUUAAAAGCGCAUAUCCUGAUAUCAACAGCCUAGAAGGCUCAUCUAUAUAUGUCAGAGCUUCUGUCUUGACCAGCUCAGGAGGUGACCUUGUGGAUGCAGAGAAGACAGGCAUCAAAAUCAUUUUGGCACGCUAUGUGCUCACUAUCAAGGACACACCACGGUUUUAUAAAUCAGGCCUACCAUUUAAAAUGACGGUAACAGUUAGCCAUUACGAUGGCUCCCCAGCUCCAAACGUUCCUGUUCAAACGUCCUUCCUGUCCUCUCCAAUUACAGUUCACAAUGGCACCAUCAGAACAUUUCAUAACAUGUCUCGCAUGAGCCCCGUCACAAUAACAGCAAAGACAGUAAUCCCAGGUUUGGGCGAGGAACAGCAGACGCAUGCUGUGUGGUUUGUGGAGCCAUACUUGCCCUUUAAUUCUGCACGGAUGAAUCAGCUUUACAUCAAGUUAGACACACACACUGUAAAAAUUGGACAGACCUUACACUUUAAACUGCAUCUGAGCACCUUUUCACAAAAAGAAAGAAGUUAUCUUCAGCAUGUUUCCUACAUUGUGUUAAAUAAAGGUAGAAUAAUUCGUGCAGGCAAAGUAAGCAUCGGAGGACACGAAGUGACCAAUGUUACUCUGGUGCUGACAUCAGAGAUGCUGCCUGCCUUUCGCUUCGUAUCUUACUACCUAUUACCGUGGGAAUCUAACGUGGAGGUGGUGGCUGAUUCUAUUUCUGUGGACGUGGAAAGCCAUUGUGUUGGAUCACUCAAACUUGAACCAUACAGAGGUGAGGUGAAGGACUCUUAUUCUCCAGGCGAAAGCUUUUCUUUUCAAGUUAGAGGUGACCCUGGAGCAAAGGUCAGCCUGGUCGCCGUGGACAACUCUAUUUUCCUGCUCAGUAAGAGCCGUCUGACGCAGAGGAAGAUUUUGGACACUCUCGGACAGGGGGACUUGGGCUGCUCUCCAGGAGAAGGCAAAAACAGCAUGGGUGUGUUCUUGGAUGCAGGCCUACAUUUUCAGUCCAGCUUCAGUGUAGCAACUGAUGAAAGACGAGUUAAACCAUGUUACUGGAAGUCCAGGAGGAAACGUUCUGCUGAACAACUGCGCCUCAGACAACAGCUCGAGAAGUCCUAUUCUUCUGACCACUUUCUAAAGCGCUGCUGCUCUGAUGGUAUGAGGGAGAUCCCCAUGCCGUACUCGUGUCGCCGCCGAACUCUUUACAUCACUGAGGUCUGGAGCUGCGUGAAGGCUUUUCUUGAGUGCUGCUCAAAGUACAAGGGCGAAGAGCUGGGCAUCAUCACCCCACCACCACCCACCACUCCACCACUCAUUGUACACAAGAUACCGAUACGUCGAAAUUUUUACAUUUUACUGAGCAGUCUUCCUGCGGCUAGAGAUAGAUAUACAGAGGUUCCUUUUUCAUCUGCUUCCUUUCCUAAUAUUCGUGAGAUGCAUCCUCAUGUUGAGAGUGGAGUCACUGCGCAGGCAGCAAUACCACAGAUAGAGGAGGAGGAGGAGGACAUUUAUAUUCGCACCAAGUUUUUAGAAUCCUGGCUGUGGACUGAUGUCACACUUCCUGGAGCACCAGAGGCAGAUGGAUUGGCUGUUGUCCCUGUGGAGUCUGUCCUCCCUGACAGCAUCACACAGUGGAGGAUUUUGGGUAUUAGUGCAUCAUCUAAGACAGGUUUCUGCGUGGCUGAGCCGUUGAACAUUCAAGCUUGGAAGCCUUUCUUCAUCAACCUCCGUCUUCCUCAGACUGCAGCCAGAAAUGAGCAUGUGGAAGUCAGGGCUGUGCUGCACAACUACAUGAACAAAAGCAUGAAGGUGCUGGUGAUCCUUUCAAAGACACAGGACAUGUGCAGCAUAGCGUUUAGUGAGGAUCAUAAGCAGGAGGUGUUGGUGCAAGCUCGCUCCUCUGUACUCAUCCCCUACACCAUAAUCCCGCUUCGAGCAGGAGAGCUCCCCCUGCAGGUCACUGCCAUGUCGAGUAGCCUCAUAGGACAGGAUGCAAUCCGCAAAAACCUCCGCGUGGUGAUGGAGGGUAUUCAGAAGAUGGAUGUGAGGAGUUUCGUGUUGAACCCUUCUGAUAAAGGAGACAGCAAUGGAAAUCAGCUGAUUCAGGUGGAUAAAGCUAAGCUGAGAUCGGUUGUUCCUAACUCAUUUCCAGAAACAUAUGUUAAUGUCAGAGGUAGUUUGCUGGCCGACAGCAUUGAUAACUCCAUCAAUAAGGACUCACUUGCGGCGUUGAUCCAGAUGCCUGGUGGAUGUGUGGAGCAGAACCUGGCUAGAAUCACACUGCCACUCAUUGCUACUCACUAUCUGGACCGUAGCUCCCAAUGGAAGAAUGUGGGUUUGCAGCGUAGGGAGGACGCCAUCUCCUACAUUAAGAAAGGCUAUGAGAACCAGCUUAAUUAUCGUAAAAAGGAUGACUCAUAUCCACCGUUUCGCAAUGAAAAAGCCAGCACCUGGAUCACAGCGUUCGUGGUGAAGGUGUUCUCCAUGGCUUAUCCCUUCAUCACAGUGGAUAAGCAACACAUUUGUGGCCCACUGCUCUACUUGCUCAAACACAAGCAGCUGCCAUCUGGGGCGUUCGAGGAGGACAUCCCUGUGUACAGCCCCUCCAUGACGGGAGGUCUUCAGGGUGCUGAAUUCCAGGAAACUCUGACUGCAUUUGUACUGAUUGCAAUGGCAGAAGCUCAGAAUGUCAUUACAUGCAGAGAUCCAGGCAUAAACACACAGGGGAGGUUUAGAAGAGCCGGAGAGUAUUUGAAGGAGCGAUACCGAAAGCUACGUAGGCCCUAUUCUAUCGCAAUUGCAUGUUAUGCUCUGGCUGUGAGCAAACAGGGCUGCUCAAAGAACAUGUUGCUGAAAUCAGCAUCACCAGACCAAACACACUGGCCAGAGGCAGACAAUUUCUUCUUUACACUGGAGGCGACUGGUUAUGCGCUGUUAGCCCUAAUUAAAGACGGCCAUAUUAAAGAGGCAGCCACUGCAUUUAAGUGGCUAAAUCAGCAACGACGGGUCGGGGGAGGAUACGGAUCCACACAGUCCACCAUGGUGGUGCUUCAGGCUCUGUCAGAGUACCUGGUGAAGAACCCCCCUUUGUCUGACAUGGCACUGCGGGUGGACAUCAGUGUUCCUGAUCACUCAGGUAUACACUGGGACUUCACUCCUCAACUCGCGCACAGUAUACGUUCCUCUCAGGUGCCUCUAGAUCAGAACUUUACAGUGAUUGCCUCAGGAAAUGGCCAAGGAAUCAUGGAGGUGGUAACAGUUUACUAUGAGCUGCCCGAUGAGCAUGAGAAAAGCUCCUGUAAUGGCUUCGAUUUGAACAUUACUAUUACAGAAAACAGGGAGAAACUUCCAACAGAUGUGGAGAAGGUGUACAAACUCAGCAUCAGUGUGAGAGCUCUGGCACAGCAUCAAGUGCGCAUGGCAGUUCUUGACAUCAGCCUGCCUACGGGCUUUGAACCAGAAACCUCAGACCUCGAGCUGCUGAGCAACUCUGUGGAUCGUUACAUCAACAAUUUCCAAGUUGUAGAUAAUCUGAGCGAUCGAGGAUCUCUCAUCAUUCAUCUGUUCAAGGUGUCCAACAAAGAGUCAGACAUCAUCUCCUUUAGGCUGAACCAAAAGUUCAAAGUCGGCCUCCUGCAACCAUCUACAGUCACAGUAUACCAGUAUUACAACACAGAUAAACGUUGCAGCAGGUAUUACACUCCACCAGAGGACAAAGAGCAGCUCAGUCAGAUCUGCAAAGACAACAUUUGCCGCUGCACACAAGGUGACUGUUGUGUUUUGAAGAGGGGUGCUUACGCAGUUUCAGCGAGAAAAAAGUCUGCAUGCAGUGCAGUCCACCAUGUGUUUAAGGUCAGAGUGUUGAGCAUCAGUACGAGCCAGUAUGACAGAUAUCAGCUGGAGAUCUUGCAGGUCAUCAAAGAAGGUUCGGAGGUUGGUCUAAAAGAAAAGGAUAUGCGAGUGUUUCUUUCUCACGCUGGCUGUAGGGCGGGGCUUAAUUUGAUCACGGGGCAGGACUACCUCAUCAUCGGACCAUCGUCUGAUAUUUGGCAAACAGGCAGUGACGAAAAUGGUUACACUUAUAUUCUGGGAAAGAACACUUGGGUGGAGCAUUGGCCGUCCGGUGUGUGUGACAAAUGCACAAAACUGGACAAUUUCAGCACAGAAUUACAAAACACUGGCUGCCAGACCUGAGAAACCAUAAAAACACAAACACACAUAUACACGUUAAAAAAAAAACUGUCUUCUACACUACAAUGCCAUAUGCAAGCAGGUAUGCAGCCUGCAAGAUUUGUGCUUAAACCUUAACAUGCAGACAUGAUAAUACAUUACACAAGAAUAAAACUCACUGAUUAUCCUCCAUUAUUUACCACCUAGCUAAGUGAUGUUAGAACAAAUAAAUUGUUAUCUCCUAAUCCAAGAAAUAAAAAAGAUAAACCACAAUAAUUUCUGAACCAUUUCUGCCUUAGUUAUGAAAUUAAAUUAGACUAUCUGGAUAUGGUUUGGUUUGUUGUUGUAUGUCAUUUUGUUGCUUCUGUCUUCAGCUUGAUGAUCCAUUAAAUUAACAUUAUCUUUUUAAAUAAUUGCUUCAUUUUAGACAUGAAAACCCAUUAAGA